AUGCCAAUUCGGACAUUCUCAUCUCGGUUAUCUCAAAAUGACAUCUCAAAUAGCACGGUGUUGACCGAAAUAGACCAAGAAAAGGACGACAUACUUGAUGAUCAGAGUCAUGAGACUACCACGGGGAGCACAAGUCUAACCAGUACCCCUUGGUAUCUUCAAGUCGAGCCUCCAAGACAUGUGGCUACUAUUGAGCCGCCGCCAUUGCCGGAAGUUCCUUCAGACUCUCCAGAGAUCAUUGGCGCAUUAUUAAAAUAUGUUUCCGAGGAGUUGGGCCUUGACGAACUUUCUCUAUUAGAUCUUAGGGACCUAGACCCUCCAGCAGCACUAGGCCCGAAUCUUUUUAUGUUGUUUGGUACAGCACGGAGUGAGCGCCAUCUCAACGUAUCCUCUGGGCGGCUGUUACGAUGGCUACGAGCUAAGCAUCAUAUCUGGGCUCACGCUGACGGCUUGCUCGGACCAAAUGAGCGUAAGACAAAACUGCGUCGGAUAGCUAAGCGGGCAAAGCUCCUAGGAGGUGUUGCGGAUACCGAUGACGGCAUUAGAACUGGCUGGAUAUGUGUUAAUUUAGGGACUAUAGACCACGGCAAAGAGGUGUCUGCAGUUGUUGCCGGCGAUGGACGUGUUGCUGGUUUUGGUGCUGCUCAAGAUGGAUCUACAAUUGUCGUUCAGAUUAUGACAGAAUCUCGAAGAGCCGAAAUGGGCCUUGAAGCCUUAUGGAAACGAAGUCUAGGUCAACCCGUCGACAGCGUCGUAAAAUCGGAGGAUAAGCCCGUAGAACCGGACCAUAGGCCUACAAAAUCCGAGCAUAGGCCUAUAAAGUCUGAGCAUAGGCCCGUAAAAUCGCAUCAUAGGCGGCCAAAGUCAGAGGCGAAGGACAUGGAAGACCUCCACCCGUUGGAAAAGGCUAUUCUCGCCAGUUCGCGCCGGCAUACAACUUCUGGAAACAAUCACUUCAACGAUACGUCAAGGAAUACGCCUUUUGAGCAGACACGGUUUUAUUCAACACAGCGGACGAUCGGAGACGAAGAACCGGUGGUCAAGUCACUGUUUAAUAUCGAAUCGGAACAGGCACUUGAGCAGAGUCUAAAAUUUGAUGUUCAUCAGAAAUCCAAUAUUCUAUCUCUACUGGAAGCUCGGCUUGAUCAUCCAUCUGUCAUCUCUACUUCGGAUGAAGGGCGAUCCUUCUCAAAGUCUUUCCUUCGAUUAUCUCAGCUUGCGUGCCAAGGCCUCCAUCCAUUUGAAACCUGGGGGUUUCGUCUCGCAGUUCACACGAAGGCAUGUGAGCUUGGCAUGGAUAAUCUCACUGAGUUUCCAGACGACGCACGGCAACUAGUUGAAGAAAUGUGCCUUCAUGGCAUCCUUUUCACGCGGCAGCAGUGUCUGCAGCUUUUGACGUGCAUUUAUACUUCGGAUAUUGGGGGAUUAGAUGAACAAACUAAACUAGCCUUACGACUCUUGAAAACGGUUCAGCAACGUGGACAGCCAGUCCUCGCUAGUGAUAUUAUUGUCACUAUUAUCGAAGCAGCAGCUCGAUCUUAUAAGCGAUCCGCGUCCCGAGAUUACGUAGAACUCAUGAAGCGACUGGAAGACGUCUUAGUGCAAGCAGAUUUAUCCCAACUAGAGGAACCGCAGAUCAUGAGACUCAUGAAAGUAUACAUCGAAAUGGGCGAUUGGAAAAGAUUUCAGAACAGCGAUGCUAAGAUUGUGCUUUCAGGAGAUGCUCUCAGAGAACCCGCCUGUGCUACCUCGUGGUAUGGUGUUGGAGGCCAUUAA